UAUUUCCUUCUUUUCAUAAAAUGUUAAGUUUUCAUAUUUGCAAUAUUUACUGUUAGUUUCAUUUCCUUAUUGUACAUUUCAUUUCAUUCUUAUUCAUUAUGUGUAAUGUUCUCAUCGUAUGUAAGUUGAAAUCAAUACAGUUGUAAUUACAUUUCUAUCUCAUGAGACAUUUCUUUAUCUACAUGUUUGUAAACCUUUGACAUAGUGCAAUAUAAAUUUAAAUUGACAUGUACAUGCUUGAACAUUUGAAAUUGUUAGGAACGCACAAUAUUCUUGGCGUUAUCCGUUCAUCACAAGAAAAUUACAUGAUAUUAAUAAUUGUUAACUUUUUAUUUCCUUUUACCGUUUUAUUAAUUGUUAUUUACCUUUUUCUUUGUUUAUGUUAUCUGUUAAACAUUUUAUUAAGUAUAUCAAUAACAAGAAGUAUACUUUGCAGUUAGGUUACAUCAAGAUGGUUUGGAAGUGCUGCGUACCUGAGUGCAAGUCUUCGUGGGAAAUGCCAGUCCAUCGUUUUCCUGUGGAUCCUGCCAGGAUAGAACGUUGGCUGAUAGCCAUACAUAAAACUGAUUUGAUUGUGGAAAAUGUUCCGGACAAUUCUGAUUUUGUGCCACUGCCCAUUGUCAUGGACUGGCCUGCAUUGACUCCUAGCCGCUCCCCCGGCUCGCCUUGGCCUUGCAACGGCACUCUCCAACGCUCCUGUCGGAGCAUUCUCAGUUCCUCCACUGCAGCCUGGAGUGUGUCCCGCAGGAGAUCGCUCUCCUCCGCACGAGCCAGCUGCUGUUCCACCUCCGCUGCCUGCAAACCCGUUUGCUCCACGAUCUGA